AUGAAAGCAGUAGCAGAAGCCUCGUCUACUUCUCUACGGUCUCCAUUUCCUUCUUUGCUGCUUUAUGAUAUGCUUUUCCCAUCGAUGUUCCUGCUUCUGCUGGCAAUGGGCGCCAGCACUCUGCUUUGGCCAUUUCCUACUACUGCGCCUGCAGAAUUCUCGUUGAGCUUUAUCUCCGAUUUUCUACUAUUAUCUUAUGUAUAUCUCCGCAUUCUCGAUGCAGGCGUUCAUCAAACUCAGGUUGCGAAUUACAGCAAAAGCCACAGAGUUGUCUUCAAGGAUAUUGCUUCAUCCACUGACCCGUGUCCAGAUCUGAACAUGCAGUGCAACGCCACCGGGGGAUACUGCAACCACGAGUGCAUGGAUGAUGAAGUGGCUCUGUCGGGGCUCUGCAGAUACGACAACUGCUCCUGCUGCGUCAGGGAGACAGAACCUUGUCCAGAUUUGGAGCAACAGUGUCUCUCCAGACACGGAUACUGCAACCAUACGUGCCUGCCAGACGAAAUGGCUCUGUCAGGAUUCUGCAAGUACGACAACUGCUCCUGCUGUGUCAAGGAAACAGCAGACCCGUGUCCAGACCUGAACAUGCAGUGCAACGCCACCGGUGGAUACUGCAACCACGAUUGCAAGUCUGACGAAGUGGCUCUGUCGGGGCUCUGCAGAUACGACAACUGCUCCUGCUGUGUGAAGGCUUAA